UAUCAAAUCCGUUGGAAUCAAGACGAACCGCUGCAGUUUGUGCGUCUGAGAGAUAGUGAGCGAGAAAGGUAACGUAGUAGGACCAGACUCAGGAGAGUGUCAGUAGGGGGACGAGGGAGGUCAUUUCUCUGCAAUGCCGAAUAAAACUAAAAAAGAUAAGGAAUCUCCGAAGUCUGGAAAAUCUGGCAAAACUGGAGCCAAAGAUGGGCAGGAAAAUUCAGAGCACGAGGGCUCCAACAAGAAGAACAGCAACAGCGUGCCACCCACCACACAACUGCUGAAGGGGAAGCAGCCGGGCUUGCAGACGCCCGUCAAGAAGGAGAAGAGGCAGAGCUCCUCCCGCUUCAGCCUCAGCAACAACAGGGAGCUGCAGAAGCUGCCCGCCUUCAAAGAUGUCCCGCCCGCGGAGCAGGAGAAGCUGUUCGUGCAGAAGCUGCGGCAGUGCUGCGUGCUCUUCGACUUCGUGGCCGACCCCCUGAGCGACCUCAAGUGGAAGGAGGUGAAGAGGGCGGCGCUGAGCGAGAUGGUGGAGUACAUCACGCACAACCGCAACGUCAUCACAGAGCCCAUCUACCCGGAGGUGGUGCACAUGUUUGCAGUGAACAUGUUCCGCACGUUGCCGCCGUCGUCCAACCCCACAGGAGCCGAGUUUGACCCUGAGGAAGACGAGCCCACGCUUGAAGCUGCUUGGCCACAUCUACAGCUUGUCUAUGAAUUUUUUCUUAGGUUUUUAGAGUCGCCUGACUUUCAACCAAAUAUAGCUAAGAAGUACAUUGACCAGAAAUUUGUGAUGCAGCUUUUAGAACUCUUUGACAGUGAAGAUCCUCGAGAGAGGGACUUCCUGAAAACCACUCUGCACCGGAUUUACGGAAAAUUUCUGGGGCUACGAGCGUACAUCAGAAAGCAGAUUAAUAAUAUAUUUUAUAGAUUCAUUUAUGAAACGGAGCACCAUAAUGGAAUAGCUGAAUUACUGGAGAUACUUGGAAGUAUCAUCAAUGGGUUUGCCUUACCAUUAAAAGAAGAGCACAAGAUUUUCUUGUUGAAGGUUUUGUUGCCUUUGCACAAAGUCAAGUCACUUAGUGUCUACCACCCACAGCUGGCGUACUGUGUGGUGCAAUUUCUAGAGAAGGACAGCACUCUCACUGAGCCAGUGGUUAUGGCUCUUCUCAAAUACUGGCCAAAGACACACAGUCCAAAGGAGGUGAUGUUCCUCAAUGAGCUGGAGGAGAUCCUGGACGUGAUCGAGCCGUCAGAGUUUGUGAAGGUCAUGGAGCCACUGUUCAGACAGCUGGCAAAAUGCGUCUCCAGCCCGCACUUCCAGGUUGCAGAAAGAGCGCUGUACUACUGGAAUAAUGAGUACAUCAUGAGCCUCAUCAGUGACAACGCAGCCAAGAUCCUGCCCAUCAUGUUCCCAGCACUGUACCGCAACUCCAAAACCCACUGGAACAAGACCAUACACGGGCUCAUCUACAACGCUCUGAAGCUCUUCAUGGAGAUGAACCAGAAGCUGUUUGAUGACUGCACACAGCAGUUCAGGGCGGAGAAGAACAAAGAAAAGGCAAAAUCGAAAGAACGGGAAGAGGCCUGGAUCAAGAUAGAGAAUCUAGCCAAAUCAAACCCACAGUUCCUUAUGUAUGUUGAUUCCUCUGGCCUCAAUAGUCCAGUAGAAAUGGAGACAGAUGGUCCAUUGAUAGAAGAUGUUCUGAUGUUAAAAAAGACUGUAGAGGAAGAAGCGACUCAGCUGCAGAGAGACCAGCGGAAAGAGCGCCCUCUAGUGCGACGCAAGUCUGAGCUGCCUCAGGAUAUCUACACCGUGAAAGCCUUGGAGUCCCAUCGCCGCGCCGAAGAAAUGCUGACUGCACACGACGGGCAUUAGACCCCGCCCCUCUGCCUCGGCUUUCGCCCCCGCAGACUCCAGACUCCAGACUCCGGCACAUUUUAAGUAUUGGCACAGGAACGGUGCAGCGUGGUCCAUCUGCCCCCCCCCCCCUUACCCCCCCUCUCCCUGCCCUCAGUCUCCCCCCACUCACUGGUCAUUACUGUUUCUGCUUUCUCAGGUGUUCUGUUCUUUGUUUUUGUUUUUUUCUUCAUGUCAUUGCUUCAUUUCUGUCCUACAACCCUCCAUACGAACGUUACCUGCCUAUGUUUGAUUUUGUAAGUCCCAUCUUUAAAAAGAAGCAAAAAGACCCGGCUGGCAACACAACCACUCCAGUUCGUCGGACCUGACAAACGAAAUCAAGAGAAGGAAAAAUAAAAAAGGCAGGACCAGAGUGGGGAGUGCUGCUUGUUUAUUUUUGUCUUUUUUUUUUCCAAAGGGAACAAACUGGGAAAGGUGAAAGUUUGGGGGCAAAUAUGUUUUCUUCUGAUCUUUUUAAUUUCCUCUUACUCCCAGGGACAGCUGCCAGUGCCAAGAGCUUUGAGUUUGAUUUAAUUACAUGUUAAUAUUUUAUUAGUGCGAUUUUAACAGGGAAGGGGAGGGGGGCCAUCAGUGGAGCUUUGUCUUUUUAUUUUGGUUUCAGUCAUUGUAAUAAAGGCUUUUCCCCCUGUUCAACACGUGCUGAAGACAAGCCUGCGGAUGUGGCUGUUCCCCCUGGGUUUCCAAGAAGAGAAAGGAGGAUGAAUUUGUUUUCUCUGGAAGUCAGUUUUCAAUAGAAACUUCUUAAAAGUUUUGUGCCAUGCCAAGUGCUUCGAUGAAGUUCAUUUAGCUUUUCUUGUCAGAUUCCAUAGGCAUUACGUUUGCUCUGAAAACAAUAACUUCAAAUUCUGGUGGUUCAAACAAUGGUAGAAUCCAAGAUUACAGUGCAAGCCACGUAUUUUUAUUUGCUUUUUGUUUUGUAUAAAGUGUAAAGAAGAAGAAAAAAAGCUACUUUCUGGCAUUUUUAUCCUGGCUCUGUGGACAUUACUUAUGUGUCCUUUUGUGCCACUGAAGACAGUUUUCGUUGUUAAAUUGGGUUCUGAAGUACCUCCUUGAGCAGGUGGUCAGUAUCCAUCUUUAGAGGGACCGUUACUGUGUCUGUGGGAGCAAAUAAUAAGCAAUGGGUAGGUGGAGAAUGAUGAACAGGCAGUAUGUUCUUCAAUUCUGCUGCCACACUGAUACCUCGGGCAGUAAGUUCAGCCUGCCGGUGCACACCCUUUUACUGCUAAACCCUUACAAAGCAGCUCUAACCCGGAGUUACCCUUCAGAUUCCAGCUGAUCUGCUCUAGGCCAGCUGACUUCCUGUUCCACGCAGUUUCCCAUGGCUGCUGUAAGCGUUAAACCACAAGGGAGAGUAGUGGAGGUUUGGUAGACCCAGUCCUGGAAAGCCGUACUUUCUGGCAGUGUUUGUUCCGCUUCACGUGUUGAAGUUAUCUGGAUGCCAACUCACUGGAUACAGUUUUCCAGGCACGAAUGGUGUGGUGAUAGAAAGAGAACUGUACAAGAUGGAGGCCUGUGGCUCCAGGCAUUGCCCAUUCCAGCUGUAGAAGUGUUGUUCCCCACUAUCCCUUAGUUUUGCAGAACUCUGUACAGAACUGCAAGCUACAGUCGCUCAUUGAAACCUGCAGUAUAAAACUCUGAUCGUAACGGUAAAAGUUUAGACCAAACUAAAAAGCUGCUGAGCAUCAGCUGAAACGGUUGUUUCUCUCCCAUUGGAUUUUCGGCCUGAAUAAUGUUUUUGCUGUGCUCUCUCUAAGGUGCUUAGCCGUAGAGCUGAAAAGGACUGUUACCCGUGUUGCGUAAGUGAAGAACAUGGCCUUUCUUCACUUUCGAAAAGUAUCUUUCACAGUGCCUUUAUUAUGUAAGAGAGGUGAGAAAGUUCUAGCCUCGAGAGAACACAGUAUGUGAACAGUUUAUUUCAAAGUAAUACAUGGUAGAGUUCAAAUAUACACGGGUACACACGCAAAUUAAUAUUUACACUUAUUCACAAGCAGUCAUACCAGUGGGAUGUGUUUGUCUCCCUUGUUCAAUCUAGCAUUGGCAGACCCAGAUGAUUUCCUUACAGUAAAGUCUUUUUGAACCACCUGAACAACACCUCCUGCAAAACUUGAAUGUUUUUUUGUGUGUGUGGAUGCAUGUAAGCAAAGCAAUCCUGCUUUUCGGCAGUGACACGUCUUCAGUUCAUCCAAGUUUUCAGUUUGACUUGAAUCUGUCCAAUCCCAAGAAUGCCACAGUCAAGACUGCACUGCAGGUUCCCCCCCCCCCCCCCUUCGACUAUUUAUUUAUAUUGGAUACCAUUGUUUGAACUUCCAUUUCAUUGAGCUGGUAGUUUCUUUUGUAGAUCAUUGGUUUGGGUGCUCAGUGUAUCUGUCAGCUGUUUACAGGAGGCUAUAUUUCUUCUCCCCCCCCCCCCCCCCCACUGUAUGUUUGUAUUUGGUUGAAUGAGAAAAGUAUAAAAUGUACUACCAUGCUCAACGUUUACCCUCCUCCCUCCCCCCAAAAAAGAAUAACAUUCACCAAUCAUUUAUUUUUCCUUUUCAAAAAAAAAAUCUAUUGCUUUUAAUAUUGGUCAGAAUUGUUUGAAGAGACCAUUUCUUUGGUGCAUUUGUAUGGGAAGAACUUUGUGUUUUGCAGUAGUGGCACAAAUAAAUGACUGAAUACAUACAAGAAAGCAGAAAAAUAUGUGAUGGUGAUUGUUUUUCUUUAGUCUAUAGCUUUUGCUUUUUAAUUUUCCUCAGUUUUACAUGUGCUUUCCAAAAUACAGUAACAUGACAAGUGUCCUUUAGUAUACCACCUGUACUAAAUGGCUUCAUUUAAUAUUGUACAUAUAAUGUACUUUGUUUAUGUAGUGUUAUAUCUAUUAAACAGUAGAUUUCAUAUUUUGUACAAAAUGGUCCUAUGUACAGAAUAAAACCUGAAUAGCAACUGCAAAAAGUUGGAAUGUGGCACAGAUUUCUUUUUCUUUACCUGUAAUUAUCUGCAUUAGAAAUGUUAAAGGUCCUAAUUUUUAUCAUUUUGUAAUUCUACAAGAUUUGUUUCCGCAUUCAAUUGUCUGUGAGAGGAAUCUUCAUACAUUAGCUUUUAUUUGUGUGCUUUUAUCCGAUUCUCAAGUGGUGUAUAUCUAUAUAGAAUAAAGAGAACAUGUGGAUUUUAUAUUUUCAUCCUAAA